GUGAGAUAAGAGUUAUUCAGUGAUAUCGAGUACCUACCAGUUUAUCAAGUAUGUUGUCACGGUACAUCGUGUCAUGAUUGAGAAUCCGUCGCUCUUAUGAAAAAUGUAUUUAUUCUGUGAAGGAUAGAUUUGAGAACUGCAGCAAAAUCAGGAAUAAAUAUAAGAAAGAUGAUGGAAACACCUAGCAUUCCAUUAUCACUUCUGAGGGAAUUGCGCUGUAGACAAUGUGAAAAUUUUGUGAGUUGCGGCCCAGUUUUUGUUGUUCCAGACGGAGCUGUAUUAUGCGGAAGAUGUAGAGGAUUAGCAAAAAACGUAUAUCGGAAUACUUCCUACGAAGCCCUAGCUUCUAUGUUCAGAUAUCCAUGCAAGAAUUGGGAAGAUCACUGUCCUAGGUCCUUGAGAUGGGACGAGAGUUUGGAACACGAAGACUAUUGUUCCUACCAUGGUGGAUGCAAUCUAUUUUGGAAACACCCAAAAGCAUACUGGAAAGGAAAAAGAGAUUUUCCACUUGGAGAUAUUCGACUGAUCGCCAUUCACGAGUAUCUCCUGGAUUACAUCACAUGCGUUCAGUGCCAGAGCUACCUUUCUUGCGAUCCUGUUUACAUUCUAUCGAACGGCAAAAACAUCUGCCAUCGCUGCUCCUACGCUAACGGAACUCCACCGAACACCAUCAGGAACUAUUUGUACGAAACGUUGUCCAGCAUAAUCAUCUUUCCCUGCGUAUUCCGAAACAGGGGGUGCCCGACCAGACUCAAAUUCGGCGUCGAUUUGUGGCAACACGAAUCGACAUGCCCGUACAAUCAGAUGUUCAAGAAAACCGAGCAAAAAAGUCCGAAUCACAAGGAACGAGGCGUUAUCAAAACCCACUCUGGACACUACUACGGUACUAUAACGGCAAACACAGCCCCGUUCUCUCCUCCCACGCCUACUUCAGAUUUUGACAUGACUAAGCAGUUGGUGAAGUCCCUGAAGAAGCAACAGGAAAGGAGAUUUAUGAGGGCUGAAGAGAUCCAGUCGAGUAUGGGCAAAAAUUCGGAAGAUGGGUCUGACGAAGAAGUGGAAUCUGUCAAAGCAAAUUCGCAUGGGAAACAUUCAUCCAGUGGAGAAAGUGUUCCUACGACUCCCACAAGAUUCGAAAACAGCAGCUAUCUAAACAAAGUAUCUUCUCUGACUCCUAGAGACUCAGGAUACUUCUCUCAACCUUCUUCUAACAGAACUGAAAACUAUUACCAAAAUAUCAGUAUUGCUCAGGUGCAUCGGGAGAAUAAUGGAUCAAAACAAGUUUCUAGAAGUAAUUCCCAUAGCACAAAUAAUAGUCCUACCAGUAAAUUCUUCUCCAGAAAUGAGAUUCUGCCACAGAACGAUUUAUACAACAAACCUCGUAGCCCAAAAAUAGAAAUCAAUGGAGUUCCUAGAAGUUCUGCUACAAAGUUUCCAUUCCAGAAUCUAGACUUCGGUGUUCUGGCAGGGCAUUAUCCGGUAUUCGGUGGCCAAUAUGAAAACGAAAAUUUCCCAGGAAGAGGAUCGGUGGUACCGAAACCAACUUUCAGAGAUUUGGUGAGGUCUGAGAGUUUAUAUGACAACAGGGACCUGAUGGCGGAGUUGAAACAUCGACAGAACAAGUUGUUGAAGAGGUAUCAAUCUGCUCCUUACGAAGAAUGAGGAACUUGUGAGAAGUUUUACAAGUAGACGCUGGAACUUGUUUUUUGAAUAUUCGAUUCAGGACGACAAGGUGUAUAUUACGACUAUGAUUUUAUAGGUAUUACAUUUGUUUUUUGCGAAAAUAUAUUAGAGUUGUUGAAAAUA